AGGGUAGUAUGCUGUUUGAACGUAGUGUAGUUUGGUACGAUAGGUGGCGGUAAAAUUUCUUGCUAAGCAAACGGCGACAACAAAGAAUAAGUGUAAACACGACCUGUAGUUUAGCUGUUUUGUUGAUGCUGUUUUUCUUAAAUAGAGUCUAAACGUGUUUUUCAACAAACAGACUAAGAAUUUAUCACAAAGAGGAUUUAAUACAACUAACCGACCAAAUUAAAACGAUAAAGUGAAUCUAGUAAUGGCGGAAAACGCAAACAAUGCGGCUAGUCUUCCUGCAGGAGAUCCUCAGCUAAUAGCACUGAUUGUGGAACAUCUGAAGAACCGAGGACUUUUCGACGACUUUAGGAGAGACUGUCUAGCAGAUGUGGAUACCAAGCCAGCCUACCAGAAUUUACAGCAGAGGGUUGACAACUUUGUGACCAAACAUCUAAGUACGCAGGAAUGGAAUCCCUCUAUCAACAAAAACCAAGUGCGCAAUGGAUUGCGUCAGAGCGUUGUACAGUCGGGGAUGCUGGAGUCGGGCGUGGACCGGAUUAUAUCUCAGGUGGUGGAUCCUAAGAUGAAUCAUAUUUUCCGGCCACACAUUGAAAAAGCCAUUCAUGAAUUCCUUACUUCAGAGAAGAAAGAAGACGGAACCCCAAAUUCCAUGCCUGAGACAGAGCAACAGGAUGCUGCCGGGAGCAGUGCUACACUAAAGCCACAAUUGCAUUUACUACAAAACAUGUAUGUAAAACUCAGUAUAUUAGUUCUUCUGCUGAUAAUUGUACAGGAGCGAGUGGACGCCUCGGAUUCGGUCGACGUUGUCGAGAGCUCACAGGAGAGAACGCUUCUCCAGAAAAGACGCUUAUCUCUACAGAACGCAGUGGAUAUACAGCAGUGUUUAUUAAGCUCGGGUGAUGUGGGCUGCGGUACCUUUGAGUGCUUUAAUAACAACUCAUGCGAGAUUCGUGGACUGCAUCAGAUCUGCAUGAGCUUCUUAAAAAAUGCUGGCAAAUUUGACUCUCAGGGCAAAUCAUUCAUCAAGGACGCUCUAAAGUGCAUGGCACACGGGCUGCGGCACAAGUUCAGCUGUGUCAGUCGCAAAUGCGUGUCCAUGAAAGAGAUGGUGUUUCAACUGCAGCGCGAGUGCUACGUCAAACACAACCUCUGCUCAGCCACCAGGGAGAAUGUCAACGUCAUGGUGGGGAUGAUUCACUUCCAUGAUCUGUUUCUCAAAGGGCCUUAUGUAGAACUGGUGAACAUCUUGCUGGGCUGCAGUGAGGAGGUGCGCGUUGCCAUCACCCAACGUAUCUUUGCCCAGUGUGAGAAAAACUGGGGUGCCCUUUGUGCCAGCCUGAGCCUCUGCCCACCAGUUCACGCUGAGCUUCAUGCUGUGCCCACCCGUGCUCCUGUUCCUGCCCUCAGCAGUGCCAAUUUUCUGCCCUCUGCUGGCCCACCACUCCCGGAGCCUGAUGGGCAGGGGGUUUAGACUUAGUUUAGUCGCCAGGAAUGUAAGGGCGUUCCACAGCCUUCAUUGCCUCAACUGCAUUACAGUGCAAUACACUUCGAUGGCAUUAUGCGAUACAGGUCUUUGACUUCAAAGCAACUCAGGGUUCUGAGAAAUGGUGAGAAUCAGCUUUUCCAAGAGAGUCUAAAACACUUAUGAAAAAAAAAGCUUAAUGUGACA